ACUGAAGCUCGCACACGCUGGCGUGAUGACGCGCCUCUGACCGCGGGAGCGCACACAGGAGACAGACACGCUGCAUGAGCUCAUGAUUAUAAUUUCAUUUUUCUGCUCCAGAAUGAACAACAACAGUGAGAACGAGCCCAGCAGCCCAGGAGAAGAGGUCAGGACUCUGUUUGUCAGUGGUCUGCCGCUGGACAUCAAACCCAGAGAGCUUUACCUGUUAUUCAGGCCUUUUCAGGGUUACGAAGGAUCCUUAAUCAAAUUGACCUCCAAACAGCCGGUGGGAUUUGUGAGUUUUGACAGUCGCUCAGAAGCGGAGGCUGCUAAGAACGCCCUAAACGGCGUUCGCUUUGACCCGGAUAUUCCCCAGACUUUACGGCUGGAGUUUGCCAAAGCCAACACCAAGAUGUCCAAGAGCAAACUAGUAGGAAUUCCAAACCCUUCCCCGUCCAGACUGAGUCCUGGCCCUCCCUAUGAGAUGAGCAUUCCUGCACUGUACGCCAGCAGUCCUGAGGUGUGGGCAUCUUACCCACUGUACCCCGCUGAGCUGCCUCCGCCGGCAUAUGCCUACAGCUCCUCGCUGCACGCUCAGAUUCGCUGGCUGCCGAUCGCAGACGCGACCAAUCAGGGCUGGAAGAGCCGACAGUUCUGUUGACAUCUGUGUUCUGCAGGUGCAGCGGCGACACAUACGACAUCCUCAUCUUUUCUGUCUUUCUUUGUUCAUCUGUAUUACUCUCCCGUCUGUCUUCUGCCAGAUACAGAUACAUGAAACCAGAAACAAGAAGUGAGUGACUGUCAUGCUGCUGUGAACCACAGGACAAUCAGAACCUCCAACAGGAACAGAUCUCUUCCCUUCACUUCCCUUCUUACAUUGUGAAGUUUAUUGUAGUAGAUAUACAGUAUUAUGUAUGAAUUAUAAUUAUUUAUAAUGUUAUUCUUAUUGGAUUCAAUCAGCAAUUACUGUAAUUUCUGAUGGGGUUGAUGCAUGAUCCUUGCCAAAAAGAUUUCAAUAUUCACAUUACACAUUUUUAGAUAUCAUAUUGCAUUUUGUCAUUAUUAUUAUUAUUCUUAAGGAGAAAAUAAGUAUUUUUAUAAUGAAUGAAAUGAAAUGUUUUCAGUUCCAUUUUAGUGUAAUGUUGGUAGCACUUUAUUUUACAGUCCUGUUCCUCAUGUACAUACUAUGUACUUAUAGUAAUUACAAUAACUAAACUAAUCCUGAACCUACCACUUAACCUAACUCUACCCUAUGUAGUUACCUUAUUACCAGAACUUUCUUAGGUAGGUACACUGUAAGUACACAUACUGUUAAAUAAAGUGCAACCAUAAUUUUCUUAUAUGUACAGUGAUGUUUUUGAUGGCUAUGAAUGUUUUAUUGAGCUUUCUUAAGCCUGCUAAAACCAUUAAAAACACUUGU